AUGCAGAGCUUGAGAGCGUUGGCCGCGGCGAGGCGAUCGCGCCCGGCAUUUCGCCUUCUGCCCCGCUCGUGGAGCACCACCACCCAUUCCGAUGCUGCCGUGGAGGAGGAAGUCCGGAACCAGGUUCGCUUCAGGGGCAACUCAAAAUGCCCCAAUAUUUUUGUUGACUUGCGGCGACGCUUUUCAGGUGCUCGUGGAGGGUAGAGCCAGCUCUCGCAAUGCGAUUCUCAACAGGCCGUCCUCGCUGAAUGCCAUCACCACCUCCAUGGUAGCUCCCGGCUCUAAUUCUCGUCUCACACGAGCCUCACCCCCUCCUUCCCCUUGCAUCACCACCCUUUUUACUCUCAGCUGAUGCAGUUGUGCAUCCUUCUCGCGCGUGUAUUUUUCAGGCGGCUCGGCUGAUGAAGCUUUACAAUUCAUGGGAAGAGAAUCCUGACGUCGGGUUUGUUGUUAUGAAGGUAGAGUAUGGUUCCUUCGGAGAUAUUGUUUUUCCGAAAACGAGUAUUUGCAUUUAUUCCUCAUUUGUUCUUGUGCUCAAUACCGUUCUUGAUCUUCUGAAGGGCAGUGGCAGAGCAUUCUGUGCGGGUGGAGAUGUAGUAACUCUCUACCGUUUGCUCAAUGAAGGUGUGAUGAUUGGGACGCUCCUGCAUCUGGCACUCGUGUUAAAAUGCAUUGUUAUUAUCUGGCGUUCAUGUAUCUGACAUCUUUCCAUUGGGUUCGUGAGCUUCUGGUUUGAAUUCACAUUUCACUAGGGCUAUCGUCUCUGACGCUUUUUCUUUCAUCUGGGUUUCUUUUAUAUUCGAUCAUGAGAAAAAGGAAACCGAUCACUUCAUACGAACAAUUAUUGUCUUGUUUAUUUCAAUACUCCCCUUCAUUUCACCAUGGACUAGAAGAAGCUUGUAGAAAAUUAUGCAAGAUGUCUUCAGUGAUACAAAUAGUUAGUUAUUAUGAUGGUUUAUUCAAUAAAUUAGAGAAUCCGCUAUAUUUAUUUUCCGAAUAAAGGAAGUAGUGGCCUGAUUGAGCUGGGUUCACCAAUCAGAUUAGGGAAGAGGAGGGCUGGACUUGAGGAUCUCUGGAGAGGAAAGGAAGAAAGAGGCCUCGGUCUUGGAUUUACCACUCUCCCAUCAGAAUUCCACUUUUCCCAUACCAUCCUCCAAUGCCCCUUAAUUAAGCACGACGAUCACCGAGGAAAAGGAACAAAAUGAUUGCCAAGAUCCAUAGAUUGUCUGACAACGGAAGUCAAAAAUAGAUAUCGCCGUCAUCAUCCAGACUGGAUGAGAUCUCCUAGGGUAAAAGAUAGGGCAGGCUCUCAAAAUCCUACUGACUACAGCAUGGGGAUUGGUGUCUUAAAUGAAAUGGCAGAUGUUUUCUGCCUCGUGCUUGGCCUGAGUAGACUGUUACAGGCUGACUUGAUGGUGGGUCCUCCUGGACUUUUGUUGUGUUGUGUUGAUGCACGAUGAAGGCCAGGGGUGUAUCAAGUAGUAUGCUUUUUCUUUCUUUGUGUAGCUUUCUUGUUGGUUAAUAUUCUUCCUUUUCUUAUAGUUUUUCUCUCCCAAUGCUACAUACGCACACAGGGAAGGUGGAGGACUGCAAAGAGUUUUUCAGGACUCUCUAUGAAUUCAUCUAUGUUCUUGGGACGUACCUGAAGCCACACGUGAGUUAGUUUUUUGGCUUUGAAAAAUAUUUUUUAAUCUUUUCAAGUGACGUAGCAAUUGCCAUUUUUCUGCUGCUUUGGGAUUCGAUUACCUUUGGAGUUAUAGUUAUGGAUAAAUGUUGUCUUUUGAGGCCGUGUUUUGCCGCGGACUAUUUUCCAUAGGAUAGAGUCUUCGCUAUUUAUUUUAGCUUCUGAGUGCUGCGUUGUUCUUGGGGCAUCUGCACGAUGAUCAGUUGUCUGAGUUUCUAUCUCAAACAAACGAGUGAUGCUAUGUAUGUAUUGUGGUCUGUCCAUUAUGUUUCAUUCUCGAUUAGGCUUUGAUGUCAACUUUGUUCCUUUGACUAGGUUGCUAUUUUGAAUGGCAUCACAAUGGGUGGUGGUGGAGGCAUUUCCAUUCCAGGGACAUUCCGGAUUGCAACCGACAAAACUGUAUGCACUGGGACAUUGUUUUCUCAGCUUUUAAAAUAUUCUGAUUAACAGAGAGAAAAAAUUGAGAGCCGCCUAAGAAAAUACCGUUUUCUUCCAAAAAUACCGUUUGGGAUAACUUGAAAUAUUACGGUAGGAACUUUCAAAACCUUGAGCUUUAUAUUCUGGGUCCUAGUUUCUUUCAUUUAACUCGCAUACAUAACAUCAUUCUCAUUUAUAUAAUUUUAAUUAAAACUAAUCUCAUGUACGCGCUUAUCUUUUUGAGAGUCUUUUCCUAAAUGUAUCCGCUUAAUGAUGCGAAUUUUCCUUUGCCAUUGGUAUUUUAUUUUUACAUGUAAAAAUAUUUGAUAAUAUUUCUAGAUGCAUUCAAGCAAGUGCCUGUGUGUUGACACCAUGAUAAGCGACCCUAACUCAAGUUACAUCUGCAAGCCUCUCGCAAUCUUGUGCAUUUGGGCAGAAAGAUCAAACAGUGGCUUUUAACUCGCCUUUUCUCUCUGUGAUACAUUUUUAUUUGAAUACCAGUCCUUUGAAUAUAUGUUUUCUUUUUUAUCAUCUGUGAUAUCCAACCCUGGAACCCUUGCUUAUGCACAUAUUAUGGAAAUCUAUGUAAAAACUCUCUUAAUAUCAUGGGCGACUUGCAGAUUUUUGCGACCCCAGAAACUCUGAUUGGCUUCCAUCCUGAUGCUGGAGCUUCUUUCUAUCUUUCACAUCUCCCCGGCUUUCUGGGUAAGCUCCCUGGCUUACAUCACCACGCCGUAAGAAAUUUCUGUUUAGUAUUGAGACACCAUGUCAGUUCUGCUAUUGUUUGAAUAAGAAAAUUUCAACCUGUAAAUUAGAGAAUAUGAUGGAUAAUAUUGACGUUGACGGAUAUAAAUUGGCGCACAACCCCCUAAGUGAUGUGUCGGCGCCAUCUGAUGUGAGGUCCGUUAGAAAUUUGAGUAUUGUGGUAAGAUGAAGCCUAAGAUCCCCCCCAAUCAGAUUGGGAACAUGUAAUGAGUGUAUGAUUUAUCAUCACAAAAAGUCUUUGGAACUGAAGGAUCUGAAAGAAAAAGAGAGAGGUCAAACUCGGACCAAUUUGGAUGAAGCCAUAGUUUCUCGUUUUUAAUUCUCUCAGGGUGUUGUUUUCAGCAAUGAAAUCGAACUGGAAACCAAAGGAACUUUGCCAGGUGAAAGGAGGGCAAGAUUAUUUCUAAGAUUAACAUAGAUGAUGAACUGCUGUGAGGAAAGUUUUGGUUUCCUACUUGAUUAAAGUUUUUAUUAAUUAUUGAAAGGAAACCUUGCCCUUGAUCUGUUUUUAGCUUAAUGUUUAGCUGUUCGAGUAUGUUCCUCUCCGUCAUUUUCUCACUAUACUCACCGAUAUAUUAUCAUUAUUAUUAUUUUGACUCAAGAAAGGAAUUUCAUUAUGUUGCUCAUACAUUUUCAUCCACAAUGUCCAAGUUGGAGAUAUGUUAUGAUGUUUGGCUGCUUUCAGGAGAAUACUUGGCUUUGACCGGAGAAAAACUCAAUGGAGUAGAAAUGGUUGCUUGCGGACUAGCCACGCAUUAUUCCCUCGACGAAGUUCGUUCUCUGGGCUUCUUCCCCCUGUAAUUGAUCAGUAUUUUUAUCACAAUAUCUCUCUCUCUCUCUCUCUCUCUCUCUCUCUCUCUCUCUCUCUCUCUCUCUCUCAUUGCAAGUGUUCUACCUUGUGCAGAGGCUCGGAUGGAUUGAAGAACGUCUUGGCAAAUUGGUCACUGACGAUCCUUCUGUCAUAGAAACAUCCCUUGAACAGUACUCUGACAUCGCUUUUCCAGAGAAGAAGAGCAUCGUUCGGCGGUACUUCAUGUUCUUCUGCCUUCACAUCGAUGCAUGCAAAUCAUCCUUUUGAACCAUUGUCUAGGCCAGAAAGUCUCUGCUGAUCAUCAUCCCUUUGCUCCAUUCCACAUGGAAGACUUACCGAUUACUCUAAAGCAUGACAUCAAAUCAUGGUGUGAAGAACUCUCAACGUUGACUUCUGUGCUCUGUUCAGGUUUGAGACGAUUGACAAAUGCUUCGGACGUGACACUGUAGAGGAAAUCAUCGACGCCCUGGUAAUCUUUUUAUGAUUUCUUGACUCAGAUCAUUAGAGACACUAUCCUCCCUGAUAAGUCAAACCUUUCUCGUCAGGAAACUGAAGCACAUGGGCACUCCUGUGAAUGGUGUAAAUCGGCUCUCAGAAGACUAAAAGAGGCAUCCCCGUUGACUUUAAAGGUCUCCUUGAGAUCUGUAAGUGGCUCUGCGUAUGCUUCGUUCUUAUGUGCUAUUAUGCUAAAUGUUAUUGCUUGGUCAACAGAUCCGCGAGGGUAGAUAUCAGUCCCUUGAUCGGUGCCUGGUCAGAGAGUACAGAAUGUCCCUCCACGGGAUCUCCAAGCGCGUCUCUACUGAUUUCUCUGAGGUCGGUCGGUUUCUCCUCGUCUUUCUCAAUCUCUCUGAGCUGCGUUGACGCCUCUUCUCUAACAGGGUGUUCGAGCUCGGUUGGUUGACAAAGAUUAUUCCCCAAAGGUAAAUAAAAAUAUCAUUUUUAAAAAGAAAAAUGAUUACCUUUUUUAAGGGGACAAAUUUCGGUUUUUGACGUGCUGACCAUGCGCAGUGGGACCCUCCGACUCUGGGGGACGUUUCCGACGACAUGGUUGACUAUUACUUCUCACCGCUGGGCGAAUUCGAGCCCGAGCUGAAGCUGCCGACCCAAGUCCGGGAACCCUUUAUAUGA